CUCUAUAUCAUUCAUUUAUUUAUAGACAGGGUCUCUUGAUGAACCCAGAGAGCACUGAUUGGCUAGACCCUACUGAUUACCCAUCUUUGCCAACCUCUUCCCUUACACCCUCAGUACCAGGUGUAGGAUCACACCUGGGACCUGGAUCCAGGCCCACAGGUUGCACUGUAAACACUUCACUGGCUGAGUCACUUCCCACCCCCCACUACACUUACAUCCUCUGGUGCAGGCAGAAAUCCCACACACUUCAAAAGGCAUUCGUAUUCAAAGCUACUUUAUUCCCAAUGAUAAAAACCAGGAGGGGUGGGCAACAAGGUGGCUCAGUCAGGUGAAGACUCUUGUCUCUCAAUAAUGGAAGUCUGACAACCUGAGUUUGCCCUCUGGAGGUAAAGUGAAAGCAGGGAGUUGACUCCACAAAGUUGUCCUCUGAAGUCCACGUGCACAUGGCGGGAGUGCUGUGGUCCUUCCAUUCUGUAAGCAUACAAUCCUAAUAAAUAAAAACUGUCAUAUACCCAGACCCUGGAUCCAACCUAGACAUCCAUUAACAGUGGAAUAUAUGCAAUCUACCAAGCUGCAGAUUGUUCCAUCGCUAUGGCGAUGGAACUCAGAAUGCUGAAGAGUCUGGAGGGGUGUAUUGGCUGAGUGAGCUUCUGUUGGAGACUGGUUCUACUGCUUUAAUUUGAAAUUUGCACAUACAUCGAAGCUCCUUGCCCUCAACCGGUUUUUGAUCGAUCAAUAAAGAUGCCAGUGGCCAAUAGAUGGGAUGGGAUCAUUAGAUUUGCUAAGGCUGGGGUGCCGAAGACAAGAGGAGAGAUGGAGAAGUGCCAUGACUCAGGGGAGAAGGAUGGGACGUAGGAGCUUCAGGAGGGAAAGCCAACCAGCCAUGUGAGAAUUCGGGUGAGUGGCCACUGGCUACCUUCCCAAUUGGGCCUGAGGUAGCAGGGGGAAGGUUUAGGAGUGUCCAGCCUUUGAGGUAGGCAAGGCAUUUUAAAAUUAACUGGCGUAUGUGUGUUUCCCAUUCUCAAAUCUAGAUAGCUCCUGCAAGGGCACACGUGCAGUGCAUCUGGCUGAGAACCAAAGCGAUGUAGCCCAAAUUACCAGUACAAGCUUCUGAGAUCCUGGAAAUAUUCGAUAUUUUUGUCUUUUUGAUGGUAAAUUAUACACACACACACACACACACACACACAUAUAUAUAUAAAAUAAUUCCAGUUUCAAGGGACCCAACACCCUCUGAUGACAUACACUCACACUGAUAUAGACACAUAUACAAUGGAUUUUUUUUUUUGUAUAACAGAAAUCUUUUUUUUUUUUGAGACAGGGUUUCUCUGUGUAGCCCUGGCUGUCCUGGAACUCACUUUGUAGACCAGGCUGGCCUCCAACUCAGAAAUCCACCUGCCCCUGCCUCCCAAGUGCUGGGAUUAAAGGCGUGCACCACUACCGCCCGGCAUAUAACAGAAUUCGACUACUACAUUUUGCUUAAAGCAUUCAAAGAACUCUGGGGAUUUCCUAGGAGCCUGGGUCUGGAUUGGGCAACUCAGAGAAGGGCUGCAACCAAGUGCAGGGCGCACAGCGAGGGUUGUCGCUGUGCUCUGUCGCUGGCGCUGGCGUAGGCUGGGGUUACAGAGUGUGAAGGCUCUGCUUCAAGGCAGCUGCCAGGAAGCUGGGAAGAGGGGGGACAAAGCUGGAUGAAAGGGAAAGGGGCAAAGACUAAGGGCUAAGGGCAGGUUCUCUCACUCUGGGGCUGGUAGCCCACAUCUUAAGACUCAUGACCUCACCAGAAACCCAACAAAGGCAAAGAAGCCGAAGAGUUUCCAAGUGGGGAAGGUGCCAGCCAUGAUCUCUGCUGCCCAAGGAAUCAAUAAUAAUAAUCCUUAUGAUUCAUGUUCAUCCUGCUUUCUUCCAAAGCACUUUACCGAAAAGCCCCUUGGCCCAGCCAAGAAGUUCAGGGCUCGGUGCUAGAAUACCUGUACUUCAGAUCUGACCGUGGAACAUUUGCAUCUUUCUUGGUUUUAAUUGUGAGUUAUGUGGAGAAUAAAGCUUUAUAUACAUCGUCUCACAAUCCCUGAUGAGGAAGUGGAUUCUAUAAGUAUACACAUAUAGAAAAUGGGAUCUGGUUAGGGUAGAAUUUGUCCAAACUCACACCAUAUUAAGGAGGUGGGGUGGCUUUAAUCCCAUCACUUGGGAGGCAGAGGCAGGAGGAUUUCUGAGUUCGAGCCCAGCUUGGUCUACCGAGUGAGUUCCAGGACAGCCAGGGCUACACAGAGAAAACUUGUCUCUAAAAACAAAACAAAACAAAACAACAACAAAAAGGUGGGGUGUGGGAGCUAGAGAGGUGGUUCAGCAGUUAAGAGCUCUUGCUUUUCCAGGAGGACUGGGAUUCAAUUCCCAGCACUGCCAUGGCAGCUCACAACUGUCUGUAGCUCCAUCCUAACACAAAUGUAUAUGCAGGCAGAACACCAAUGUACAUAAAAUUAAAAAUCUACUUUACCCUUUUCAAAACACAUCAAUAGCCCUUUAAAAGCUCUGCUUUUUUAGUGUGGUGGGAGAGGGCUUGAUCCAACACCAAAUGUUUUGUAUUCCAGAGGCAGAUCUAGGUAUGUGGCGGUGGGGGGAAUGGAGAGAAAACGGACAGAGGGAAGAGAGGAAGGGAGUAAAAGCAAGCGAAGGGGAUAGACUCUUUAAUAAAAAAUAAAAUAUUAAAAUCUCAGCAAUUGGGAGGCAGAGGCAGGCAGAUCUCGGGUUAAGUGCGAGGCUGGCCUGGUAAACAGAGCUAGCUCUAGGAGAGCCAAGGCUACACAGAAAAACCCUGUCUCAAAAAUCCAAACGAAACAAACAAAAUAAUUUAAGAACAGACUCUUCAGUAGGUCAUCCAAGGAAGAGGCCUUGAAGGCUACCCUUCUUUAUCACGGCCAAUCUGCCUCUCCUACACGCGGUGCUUCUAAGCUGAGCACAGCAGAUCUGUUCCUGCAACGUGGCAGAGUGGGAUGUGGAAAUCCUGGGAAAGAAAUCUCAUUUUCCCCAGGAGACAAGAGGAAUUACACCAGCAACGAAACUGUGGAUGGAGAAGGCAGUGUGCCAAGAAAUGGUCCAAAGAGACUGUGCGACCCAGCUGGCUGAGAUGUGAGCAACAGCAGUGUUAUUGUGGCAGCCCGAGGAGCCAGGAGCCAUGGCGUGUCCCGGGGAGUGAUGACACAAACCAAGCGUGGGCCGACCUGGUGGAAACCAGCGUCCUUCACAUUGCCUUCUGCCUCCCUACAACUAAUCCUGAUAUCCCUUCAGCCCACUAGCAGGGGAGGUAAAGACCACUAGAACCGAUGGCAGUGGGAGGUUAAAAAGCGGCACACGCCCAGGCCUUUUCUCCCCAGACUUGCUGGAUGGUGGAAUACGGGAGGUUAGAUCUGUGGUUGCCGGGCUGCUCAAAUCCUGCCUUAAACCGGGGUGCGGAGCUCUCUUGUGGGCUCCCCGUCGUCGCCGGGGUGGGGGGACAGCGCCCGCGGCCUGCUUUCUCAGGGCUGGCCAAGCCUUUUUGACAAGCUGAUUGCGAGAAGGGGAUUGGCUGAUCCAGGCGUGACGCCGGUAACAACAAAGGUGGAGUUGGAAGAAAUUAGAUUAAAGGAAAGGAGGAGAAAAAAAAAAAAUUAAAGGGGGAGCUUGCAGGCAACUGGAAGCAGAGACCGAGGGGGAGACGCACGAAGCUCCGUUCCCGGUUCCGACUUCCCCCUUCCAGCUCUUUCGCACAAACGCGCUGGGAUUUUGCUCUAAACCCCUACCCCGGUCGCGGCCUAGUUACUGAAGCCCAGGGUAAAGGGAUGGCCGUUCCGCUGCUUCUUGAAAAACCUCCCCAACUCCCACUGACACCCUACUACGACACAGGGGUGAACUUUUUGUUCUUAACUCCUCGGAUCAUACGGCCGGUGAAGAUGGGGGACAUCGAGAACAACCCAAGACUGGCUCUGAAAUCCGGAAGGCCCUCGCCGGGCACCGAGACCCAAACGAGGCGGGGAGAGCGAGGAGUCGGGCAAGCAGAUGGAGUGGAGCUCGCUCUAGGCAGCUGGCUUGGCCGGAGACUGGAGGAGCCGCCAAGCGACCGGCUGAUUGGAAGAGAAACGCAGAGCGAUGGAGGCGGGGGUAGGAGGACGAUUUCUCUGCGGGGACUGGCGGCGGCGUACACGCCCGGGUCGGGCGCUGCAGAGCUUGGCUAGCUUUCAACCCGCGCUCGGCGGCUCCAGCCCCGCGCACCCCCGCCCCCAGCCCUGCCGGAGGCCCCGCAGGGUGAGGUGGCUUUGACCCCGGGUGGCCCGGCCAGCGCGACCGAGGAGGUGGCUGGACAGCUGGAGAAUGAACGGAGAAGCGGACUGUCCCACAGACCUGGAAAUGGCCGCCCCCAAAGGCCAAGACCGCUGGUCCCAGGAAGAUAUGCUGACUCUGCUGGAAUGCAUGAAGAACAACCUCCCAUCCAACGACAGCUCCAAGUUCAAAACCACAGAGUCGCACAUGGAUUGGGAAAAAGUUGCGUUUAAGGAUUUUUCAGGAGAUAUGUGCAAGCUCAAAUGGGUGGAGAUUUCUAACGAGGUAAGGAAGUUCCGUACAUUGACAGAAUUGAUCCUUGAUGCUCAGGAACAUGUUAAAAACCCUUACAAAGGCAAAAAGCUCAAGAAACACCCGGAUUUUCCAAAGAAACCUCUCACCCCUUACUUCCGCUUCUUCAUGGAGAAGCGGGCCAAGUACGCGAAGCUCCACCCGGAGAUGAGCAACCUGGACCUGACUAAGAUCCUGUCUAAGAAAUACAAGGAACUUCCAGAGAAGAAGAAGAUGAAAUAUAUUCAGGACUUCCAGAGGGAGAAACAGGAGUUCGAGCGAAACCUGGCCCGAUUCAGGGAGGAUCACCCUGACCUUAUCCAGAAUGCCAAGAAGUCGGACAUCCCCGAGAAACCCAAAACUCCCCAGCAACUGUGGUACACCCACGAGAAGAAGGUGUAUCUCAAAGUGCGGCCGGAUGCCACUACGAAGGAGGUGAAGGACUCCCUGGGGAAGCAGUGGUCUCAGCUCUCGGACAAAAAGAGGCUGAAAUGGAUUCAUAAGGCCCUGGAGCAGCGGAAGGAGUACGAGGAGAUUAUGCGGGACUAUAUCCAGAAGCACCCUGAGCUGAACAUCAGUGAGGAAGGCAUCACCAAGUCCACCCUCACCAAGGCCGAGCGCCAGCUCAAGGACAAGUUCGAUGGGCGACCUACCAAGCCGCCUCCGAACAGCUACUCCCUGUACUGUGCGGAGCUCAUGGCCAACAUGAAGGAUGUGCCCAGCACAGAGCGCAUGGUGCUAUGCAGCCAGCAAUGGAAGCUGCUCUCUCAGAAGGAGAAGGAUGCCUAUCACAAGAAAUGUGACCAGAAAAAGAAAGAUUAUGAGGUAGAGCUGCUGCGGUUCCUUGAGAGCUUGCCGGAGGAAGAGCAGCAGCGGGUUCUGGGGGAGGAGAAGAUGCUGAACAUCAAUAAGAAGCAAACCACCAGUCCGGCCUCCAAGAAGCCUUCACAGGAAGGUGGCAAGGGUGGCUCCGAGAAGCCCAAGCGGCCUGUGUCUGCUAUGUUCAUCUUCUCUGAGGAGAAGCGAAGGCAGCUACAGGAGGAACGACCUGAGCUCUCCGAAAGCGAACUGACCCGCCUUCUGGCCCGCAUGUGGAACGACUUGUCCGAGAAGAAGAAGGCUAAAUACAAGGCCCGGGAGGCUGCGCUGAAGGCGCAGUCUGAGAGGAAGCCGGGCGGGGAGCGUGAAGAUAGGGGCAAGCUGCCGGAGUCGCCCAAGAGGGCUGAGGAGAUCUGGCAGCAGAGUGUCAUCGGAGACUAUCUGGCCCGCUUCAAGAAUGACCGGGUGAAAGCCUUGAAAGCCAUGGAGAUGACUUGGAACAACAUGGAGAAGAAGGAGAAGCUGAUGUGGAUUAAGAAGGCAGCAGAAGACCAAAAACGAUAUGAGAGAGAGUUAAGUGAGAUGCGGGCCCCUCCAGCUGCUACAAACUCUUCCAAGAAGAUGAAGUUCCAGGGAGAACCCAAGAAACCUCCUAUGAACGGUUACCAGAAGUUCUCCCAGGAGCUGCUGUCCAAUGGGGAGCUAAAUCACCUGCCGCUGAAGGAGCGCAUGGUGGAGAUUGGCAGCCGCUGGCAGCGCAUCUCCCAGAGCCAGAAGGAGCACUAUAAGAAGCUGGCGGAGGAGCAACAGAGGCAGUACAAGGUGCACUUGGACCUCUGGGUCAAGAGCCUGUCUCCCCAGGACCGCGCAGCAUACAAAGAAUACAUCUCCAAUAAACGUAAGAACAUGACCAAGCUCCGAGGCCCAAACCCCAAGUCUAGCCGGACCACCCUGCAGUCCAAGUCGGAGUCCGAGGAGGAUGACGAUGAGGAGGAGGAGGACGACGAGGAGGAGGAGGAAGAGGAAGAUGAUGAGAACGGUGACUCUUCUGAGGAUGGCGGGGACUCUUCUGAGUCCAGCAGUGAAGAUGAAAGCGAGGAUGGGGAUGAGAAUGAUGAUGACGACGACGAUGAAGAUGACGAAGAUGACGACGAUGAGGAUGAAGACAACGAGUCUGAGGGCAGUAGCUCCAGCUCUUCAUCCUCAGGGGACUCUUCGGAUUCUGACUCCAACUGAGGCUCAGCCUCCACCCCAGGCAGGCAGGCAGGCAGGCAGCCAAGGAGAGAGCCCCUGCAGAGCUCAUCUCCCCAACUGACAACCUUUGACAACCUUUGUCUCUCCCUGUGUUCUGUCCCGUACCCUCCAGACUUCCCCACUUUCUUUCUUUCUUUCUUUUUUGUUUUUUAAAUCAGUGGGGGGUAGGAGGCUGCAUGAGCCCAAGCUAGGACUCUGCAGCCUUGGAGCCUCAGCUCCAGGGUUCUCCAGGGACAGCAACCAUCAGACUGAGCCAGCGCUGGACGGGCCCACCCUGCCCCUCUUCUGCAUUUGCAGUUCCGGCAUGGACAAUGGACUGGGGAGUUUGGGGGUGGGAGAGAGUCUUAAAGAGUUUGGUGAGACCUCCACACCUGCAGCCUGCAGCAAGGUGGAUGUUCGGGGGGCCUUUCCUUCCCAGAUGGGCUUGCUACCUGGACCCCCCACAUUGAACUGGAGGGAGACAAGGGUGCUGCCUUCAAGAAAGCAGGCAGUGGCCCUGUCCCUCUUCCCUGCCCCUGCAGGAAGGAGCUGCCUGGACCCGUUCGUGGGGGAGGGGCAGAGUGUUUUUUUAUAUAUGUGUGUAUAUAUUUUUUUUUUAAGCUCUGAGCUGUCAACGAGACGUUUCCUACCGA